CCUUUUUCCUUAGUUGCUCUGUCUUUUUCUCAAGUCAGUGCUUCAUCAUCACCCUCCAAACCCAAAUCCCAAUUGCCUCACCUUUCUCACUUCUCAGGGUUUUUGGUUCUGUGGAGGAGACUGCUUCGAUAACUCUCACACACAAAACCAACCUCACAGAUCAUCAUACUCGCACAAAAAUGGCUCUCAAACUCAACCCCACCAUCGCUCAAUCUCCAAAGUUACCAGCUUUUGCUCUUCCACCAAUGGCUAGCCUCAGAUCUCCCAAGUUCUUCAUGGCCUCCACCCUCCGUUCUGGCUCCAAAGAGGUUGAUAAUAUCAAGAAGCCUUUCACUCCUCCUAGAGAGGUCCAUGUUCAAGUAACACAUUCCAUGCCACCUCAGAAGAUUGAGAUCUUUAAGUCAUUGGAAGAUUGGGCUGAUCAGAACCUUUUGGUUCACCUUAAGCCAGUUGAGAAGUGCUGGCAACCUCAGGAUUUUCUCCCUGAACCAUCAUCUGAUGGAUUUCAUGAGCAGGUGAUGGAACUUAGGGAGAGGGCUAGGGAGCUUCCUGAUGAUUACUUUGUUGUUCUGGUUGGUGAUAUGAUCACAGAAGAAGCACUUCCAACUUAUCAAACUAUGCUUAAUACAUUGGAUGGAGUUAGGGAUGAAACUGGUGCCAGCCCAACUUCUUGGGCUAUUUGGACUAGAGCAUGGACUGCUGAAGAGAACAGGCAUGGUGACCUCCUCAACAAGUAUCUUUACCUCAGUGGACGAGUCGAUAUGAGGCAAAUUGAGAAGACCAUUCAGUAUCUGAUCGGUUCUGGAAUGGAUCCCCGGACAGAGAACAAUCCUUAUCUUGGUUUCAUCUACACUUCAUUCCAAGAAAGAGCCACCUUUAUCUCACAUGGUAACACUGCCAGGCUAGCAAAGGAGCAUGGGGACUUAAAAUUGGCACAAAUAUGUGGUACCAUAGCUGCAGACGAGAAGCGCCACGAGACAGCCUACACUAAGAUAGUUGAGAAGCUAUUUGAGAUUGAUCCUGAUGGGACUGUGUUAGCAUUUGCUGACAUGAUGAGGAAGAAGAUAGCCAUGCCAGCACACUUGAUGUAUGAUGGCCGAGAUGACAAUCUUUUCGAUAACUUUUCUGCUGUUGCACAACGGCUUGGAGUGUACACGGCCAAGGAUUACGCGGACAUAUUGGAGUUCUUGGUUGGGAGGUGGAAGGUGGAGAAGCUAAGUGGACUUUCCGGGGAGGGGCUUAAGGCUCAGGAGUAUGUUUGUGGGUUACCUCCAAGAAUCAGAAGGCUGGAGGAAAGAGCUCAAGGAAGGGUGAAACAAGCUAGGAGUGUACCCUUCAGUUGGGUAUAUGAUAGACAAGUGAGUCUCUAAGUUAGUAGGACACUAUGGUUGAUUCAAGGGAAAGUGAAGUGAGCUAUUGUUACUAUUAUUAGGUUCUUUUUCUAUUUGUAGAUAGAGCAGCAGUUGGUUUGGGCAGUUGGUAAUGUUUUUUUGUUUUUGUUUUAGUUUUUUCCUUCUUUUCUUUUUGUUGUCAUGAAUGAAUGGAAUGAAAUGGAAUAUGGGGGUAAUCUUUGGACUGAUCUUUUCUAUUAAAUAGUUUUGUGCUAUGUAAGAAAAUAAUGAUCAUUUUGUUUUAUGGCAAUUUUGAUGAUGACCAACUUGAUUUUUA